AGACUAACUGAGCACUCUAACAGAAACAGGCAUUUUGGGGGGGAUUACGGUAAUGCAGUGUCGUCGAGGGUAGGAGGCAUGGAGGCGAUCCUAAACUGCAGAAAAGAGGAUCUGGAGGAUUAUUAUGGGCUGCUGGGCUGUGAUGAACUUUCUACGACUGAACAGAUUGUCAAUGAGUUUAAAGUGAAAGCUCUGGCCUGCCACCCUGACAAACAUCCAGAGAAUCCCAAAGCAGUGGAGCAGUUCCAGAAGCUACAGGAAGCUAAAGAAGUCCUGACAGAUGAGAAGAAGAGAAAAAGUUAUGAUCUGUGGCUCAGAAGUCAAAUUAAAAUCCCUUUCGGUGAAUGGCGAGCGCUCAGCGACUCGGUGAAAACAUCAAUGCACUGGGCUGUGAAGGCCAAGAAGGAGCCGAUGCUUGAAGCUGCAGAAGAUUCAAAUCCAUCAGAUGAAAACACAGUGCAGGAGAAACCAUCUGAAGCAUCACUGCCAUCAAGUGAUUAUUGGCACCAGAGGUUUCGAUGGGCUGGUGAAGCUCCUACAGGGCUUUUACAGAAGUUCAGGAAUUAUGAAAUAUAAAUUAAUAUUUCCUGUUGUUCAUUUUUUUUUUGUGUCAUCAUAUUCAGAAGUGAUGCCUUAAAUGUCUUGAGUUUUGUCAAGUGUGAGUGAAACGUGGCUUAAUUUGAAAAUAAAAUAUUAUUAUAAUGGC